AUGAACGAAAAAAAUACUAUAGUGAAUGAAGAAGAUAUUUGCACGCAAGUACAGGAAGAUGAUCUCUUGAUAGAAAAGUAUCUAUUUUACAUUGGGUUUGUUUUUCCUUUGGCAUGGUUUAUUGGCAGCACAACAAGACGUUAUCGGCAUUCCUCUUAUAUUUGGAAAAAGCGCUGUCGAAUUGCAGCCACAUUGUGUUUGACCUUGACGAUUGUCUCCAUUGCGGUUGUCACCGUGGUUAAUCCACAGCUUUUUGGUUUAAAAUCCGAUAUAGGAGCACAAACUUCUUCUGCCUCCAACAAUGCAAUCCGACCUGGUGUACCCAUCAUAGGCACAAAUGAUUACGGUGAUACAGUGGCUGGAAUAGGCAUUGACGACAACGUUUGA